CACGAACACAAUCAGAACGCCAGCCACAAGAACAAAACAGGUAUGUCGCAGCCAUCGCAGCAGCACCCACUGCUCAACACGACGGGCGUCUCGGCCGCGUUUCUGAGAAGCUUUCUGGACGACAUCAAGAGCACUUUCCCAGAGGACUACGGGCUGCUCACCACCAAGGACGUGUGCGACAAGCUCAUUGUGCCACGGACCAAGGCCGCCAACUGCGCCUACGUGGACAAGCUCAAGGAGGAUGCGCCGGACACACUUGGACGAGCCAACAUCUUCGUGUCGCAUGCGUGGCGGUACAAGAUAACGGACGUCAUCGCCACCAUGCUGGAGUUUGCUGCAGCAAACAGCGAAGAUACCUCCUUCUUUUGGCUUGACCUCUUCGUCAAUAACCAAAACAUCGCCCUAAACCUCCCACAGGACUGGUGGAGCACCACGUUUAAGGAUUCGAUUACAUCGAUUGGACACUCCCGUCACAGGAGCGAUCCCAUCCCGCUGACGCGUGCGUGGUGUCUGUGGGAAAUCUUCUGCGGACUGAGCCAGGACGGGGUGCGCCUCUCCAUCCAGCUGCCAGGCGCCGAAGAGCAGGAGCUGAAGAAGGCAAUCCUACAGGAGUCGAGUGCGGUGCUUGAUGCUCUCGUGCGCGUGAGAGCAGAGCGAGCUCAGGUAUGGAAUACCAAUGACAAGGAAAUGAUCUUCAAAGCCAUUGAGGACAGCGUCGGCUUCACUAUCCUCAACGAGAAGGUCAAGGACCAGAUGCGCGCGUGGUGUCUGAACAAGGUCGUGCAAUUUGUGGAGCAGGCCAAGAAGGAGUGCAGCGUCGACCCUCGCGUUCGCGCCCUCCUCUGCAACCGUGCGGGCAACAUUCUGCACCGCUUCGGUGCCUCGCAGCAGGCCGCCGAGUACUUUCGCCAAGGGCUCGACCUUGACCGUGAAACGCUUGGGGACAGUCAUCAAGACACCGCCACAUCAUACGCGAACCUGGGCAGUGCGCUGGAUGCCAAUGGCGAUGUGGAAGAAGCCAUGCGGUGCUUCCAGCAGUGCUUGGACAUUCAGGUGGACACCAUCGGAAAGAAGCACGAGGACACGGCUGCCACGCUGGUCAAUCUUGGCGGUAGCUGCACGGCCAAGGGAGACUAUGACAAAGCCAUCCAGUACUACAUGGAUGCCCUCACCAUCCAGCAGCAAGUCCUGGGCAAGGAUCAUCCGGCUGCAGCAACCACCUUGAACAACCUUGGACGAGCCUACAGCAACAAAGGCGACCACGACCGCGCCAUCCAGUUCUACCAUACCUGCCUCAAGAUUCGCCUGCCCAAGCUCGGCGACAAGCACCCAGACACCGCCACAGCCUACAGCAACAUUGGCAGCGAGCUCAAGGAGAAGGGCGAGUACGAAAACGCAGUGAAACACUAUGAGGACUGCCUCAACAUCCAGCUGGUCACGCUCGGUAAGGAGCACCCUGAGACCGCUGGCACGUACAACAAUCUUGGUCUUGUCUACAAGGCUCAGCAAGACUACGAAAGGGCCGUCGAGAACUUCCGUACGUGCCUGCAGAUUCAGCUGCGCACACUGGGUACAACGCAUGCCAACAUCGCUACAUCCUACAACAACCUUGGCAGCACCCUCAAGGCCAUGCGCAAGUACGAGGAGGCCCUCGAGUACUAUGAGAAGGCGCUGAACAUGAAGAUCUCCACUGUUGGCGAAGAUCAUCCUAGCACGGCUGUGUCCCUGCUCAACAUCGGCCGUCUGCACCAAGCAACUGGCAAGAAGGAGCGCGCAAACGAGUACUACAAGCGCGCACUCAGGGCGUUUGAGGCCACACUGGGAGCAUCGCAUCCGCACACAGUCACUGCCAGCAAGUUUCUUGCAGAGACAGCAACCAAGAGCAAGUAACACGCC